GACGGUCUCCUAGAGCGUCGGUACCUUGGGCUAGUGACGGUCUUGCUGUGGAAUCCCACGCGGCUGAAUUGUUAACUAGGAAAUGGGAGCUCUCUUUAGAAAGUUGCAAACCCUUCUAAAAAGCGGAGAUUCUGAAGAGAAACUAUGAAGUUUUAUCAGGCUUUCAGGUUUGUUUGUAUGUUGGAAUCAUUCAUGUCCCUCUCUCCUGUUAAAAUAGUCGGGGAAGGAGUCUUUUGGAAAGAGAAAAUGCAGACCUAUGGCCAAAAUGACGCCCCCACUAGCCGCAAACGGAAUGCGGGUGUCGGUGACUGUGCUUGCUUUCCAGCUGUAUCCUGGCAAGUGGAUCGGAUCCUUUCUGAAAUGAGUUCACCUUCCACCCCCAACAUCAUCCCAUCCAUAUCCCUAAUAUGUGGGUUCUCAGGAAGAGCCUGGCAGAUGGCCGCAUUAACUUCCAAGUGCUGGUGUCAGAUUUACCUUUGAGCUAGGACUUACUUGAAACCACAUCAGCCUGAGUUGGCAGAACCCGGAUGCCCUCACAUAGCGCCAGGGUACAUCUUGCAAAAUCUGAAGCCGGGUCUGAAAGAGAUGCUUGAGUUUAUCUCGCCCUUCCUCAUUUUACAGAUGAGAAAAUUGAAACACACAAAAGAUUUGCCCAGGGUGUAAGUACAUUGGCAUCAAAGCUAGAGCCCGGAAUUCAGAUUCCUUAACAUCAGCCUUUUAUCAUAACCAUGAGGGUCCAACCUUUAGAGUAAUUGCUAGCAUGUGCCCUGCAUAAAGACAGAAUAUUUAAACUCACGGUUUUCCUGACAAUCACUGCACUGAUUUGCUAACUCAGUCCUGGGAUGUGAGACAGUCAAAAUGCAGUCUUGCCAUCUAGAAUUUGUGGCUUUAACCCCUGGGUUAAGCACUGCUGUUUCUAGCACUAUUUAACUGAGUCAAACUGGGUUUAAGACAUGUAAUGAGAGCCUAUUGUUAAAGCAUCACAUUUCUAGGAUUUGAGGAAACCAUUGAAGAUGGUUAAAACAGUCCCAACCUUUCAGGAGCACAUACCCUAACCAAAGAUUCAAGUAACCUGGGGGUAAAAAAGAAAAUUCAGAAAUUUCUAUACAGCAAGAAGUGUUUCAGCCACUGCUGCCAACUGCAGUUAGAAGUCAUCUCCUUGGGCUGCCAUCUAUAGCCCUUCUGAGUGGCUGGGAGUACAUCCUCAGUAUGAACUGCAUAUCAGACUUCUUCACCUACGAGACUACCAAGUCGGUGGUUGUGAAGAGCUGGACCAUUGGGAUCAUCAACCGAGCCGUCCAGCUGCUGAUCAUCUCCUACUUUGUGGGGUGGGUUUUCUUGCACGAGAAGGCCUACCAAGUGCGGGACACAGCCAUUGAGUCCUCAGUAGUAACAAAGGUGAAAGGCUUCGGACGCUAUGCCAACAGAGUCAUGGAUGUGUCAGAUUAUGUGACCCCACCCCAGGGCACCUCUGUCUUUGUCAUUAUCACCAAGAUGAUCGUUACUGAAAAUCAAAUGCAAGGAUUCUGUCCAGAGAAUGAGGAGAAGUACCGCUGUGUGUCUGACAGCCAGUGUGGGCCUGAGCGCUUCCCGGGUGGGGGGAUCCUCACUGGCCGCUGUGUGAACUACAGCUCUGUCCUCCGGACCUGUGAGAUCCAGGGCUGGUGCCCCACCGAAGUGGAUACCGUGGAGAUGCCUGUCAUGAUGGAAGCUGAGAACUUCACUAUUUUCAUCAAGAACAGCAUCCGUUUCCCUCUCUUCAAUUUUGAGAAGGGAAACCUCCUGCCCAACUUGACAGCCAAGGACAUAAAGACAUGCCGUUUCCACCCUGAAAAGGCCCCAUUUUGCCCCAUCUUGAGGGUAGGGGAUGUGGUUAAGUUUGCCGGGCAAGAUUUUGCCAAGCUGGCCCGCACGGGUGGAGUUCUGGGCAUUAAGAUCGGCUGGGUGUGUGAUCUGGACAAGGCCUGGGACCAGUGUAUCCCCAAAUAUUCCUUCACUCGACUGGAUGGAGUUUCUGAGAAAAGCAGCGUUUCCCCUGGCUACAACUUCAGGUUUGCCAAAUACUACAAGAUGGAGAAUGGCAGCGAGUACCGCACACUCCUGAAGGCUUUUGGCAUCCGCUUUGAUGUGCUGGUGUAUGGGAACGCUGGCAAGUUCAACAUCAUCCCUACCAUCAUCAGCUCCGUGGCUGCCUUCACUUCUGUGGGAGUGGGGACUGUUCUCUGUGACAUCAUCCUGCUCAAUUUCCUCAAAGGGGCUGAUCACUACAAAGCCAGGAAGUUUGAGGAGGUGAAUGAGACUACACUGAAGGGCACUGCCUCUACCAACCCAGUGUUCCCCAGUGACCAGGCCACUGUGGAGAAACAGUCCACGGACUCCGGCGCCUACUCCAUCGGCCACUAGGGCCUCUUCCCAGGGUCCCAUGCUCACCCUUAGGCUGCAGAGCCUCCAAUGGGCCGCUCUGUCUGGGCAAAUGGGGGGUGGGAUGGGGGGGGAGAGGGACUCUCAUUUCUGCUGCUCACCUGAAAGACCACAGGCAGGUAUCUAGGCCCUCACUGUUCAGCAGACAGGUAAUACUUCCCACUAAGAUCUGAAUCUUGCUUUUCCCCUUGCAUGCCUCCCAUCUGCUUCCCAGGGUCCUGGGGCAGCAGUAUCCGUCCCUUUGCAAAGGAUAGAGAAAAUAGUUGCUAGGGUAACACCCAUAGAGGCCUAACAAGUACCAGGCACUUCCAUACACAUUAUCUCAUUGAGCCCUUAAAAUAAUCCUAUAGGAUAUGUUUCUGAUUUUUGUUUUUGAAGAAAAGCAAAGGCUCAGGGAGACUGAGUCAUUGCCCUAGGCCAUGUGUUCAGAAAAUGGGAAUUAUACACAGGUCUAACUCCUUUGCCCACAUCUGUGAGGGAAGAAUGAACUCCCUAGGCAUGUGCCCUUUGUGUCAGUUGCCUUUCCCUGCCUUUCCCAUGACUAGCAACAGUGGGCUUUCUUAGGAGUGCAGGCCCUACCUUAGGGGAGCCCAGUGAGAUGGAAUAUAAACUCUCAUUUCUGACUUGGCCAAGUCCAGCUUCAGAAGGAAAUAGGAGGUAUGUCUGUCAGUGAAUUUUUCCUUGCCUCACCCCAUAUCUCAAGCCCAAGCCGAGGAAUAGACCUUUAUUCUCCAGUUAAGCUCUCACACACCUGGACCCUCACUCCAGAAUCCAGAUAGAAUACACACAGAAUACACACACACACACACACACACACACACACACACACCACAACAGGUGAGAAGUGAAUUCUAAACCUAGCAUGCCCCAGGACAUCAGCUGUCCUUGUUUAAACAUUGUUGGAAAAGCCUCAGUUAGGGGCUAGGGAUGUAGUGUUUGGUAUAGUGUUUGUUUAGCAUGUAUAAAGAAAGCUCUAGGGUCAACCUCUAGCACUAUAUACACCAGGUAUGGUAGCACACACCCAUAAUCCCAGCACCCAGGAACCCAGGAGGUGGAGAUGGGGUCCAGCCUGGGACCCACAAAAAUGCCUCAAAAAAAGGAAGUGAGGAUGCCCAAUGAAAUCCAAUACCCUGUAAGCAUUCAGCCAGGUCAGCCGGGCCAGUUCAAUGUGAUCCUAACAGGUGAUGAGUUAGAAGUGGGGUACCUCUGAAAUCAUCAUGUCAAACCCUCUUGCUUACAGAUCAUCAACACUGAGUCCAAAGGGAAAAUGGCUUGUCUUGUGCCUUAGUGAGGGGACAAGAGAGAACACAAGUGUCCUGUUCUCAGAACAGAAGUUAAGUCUACCUUGUCUCCAUUGGCUCAGAUGUCCUAUCUUCUUUCUGGGCUUUUAAAGAAAAGGGGAGAGGGAGAGGAAGCCCUAAAUCACAGGGGUCAAAGCUCAGAAACAGAUCAGGGUUUGAGGAAGAUGCAAUUUGAGAGGUUUUUGUUUGGUUUGGUUUGGUUUGGUUUGGUUGGUUGGUUGGUUGUUUUUUGAUGAAAAGACUUUGCCAUGUAUCCCUGGCUGGUCUCAACCUUUCCCCAGUGUUGAGAUUUACCGGCAAGUGCUAUCAUCCAGCUGGGGGCAUCUGUUUAAAAAGAACACAGAAUUAGGUAUCAGAGAGGUUCAUGCAAGUGAGUGGGCCUGAGGUUUAAGUUUCCUUAGUGUCAGGGCCAGUCUCCACUGGGAACAUGGGUGUGAUGAUGAGGUCUUAGCAGAGUUAAGCAUACAUGUAGACAGAGGGCUGGCCCCUCACCAGAAGGUACAGAGAGAUGAGGGGAAGGGGUAGUCUGGAGUACUUUGGGGAGGCUUCUACAGGAGUGCUUGAACAGACACAGCCCCAAUGACCCCCACCCUGGGGGAGAAGGAGUAAAAGUCCUCCCACCAGGUUCAUCAGUCCUUCCCUCACUCUGCUUGCUCACACCCCUGUCGCUACGGGCAAUGGGAUACUGUCUCCCCAGCACCCACAUCAGGUCCUGGGUAGUAUCAGGAGACCUGGCCAGGCUUCAUCUCUCCAGCAGAGACAUCAGUUAGGGAAACAGCACAUCUUCCAAUAAGGAGGCACACAACCCACUUUGAGCUAAGACUGAGUUCACAGAGAUGCUUCCCAGGAGAUGGAGGCAUUAUGUCCUGGAAGGCAAUGGUACCCCAGACUAGGACAAUCCUCCCCCAGGGGCCUUAGCCUCUUCUGGACCUUCCAGUAAGUGUGUAAACCCCAUUCUCUACUCCCUUUGUCUGAAUCAAGUCGUAGGUGUAGGCUAAUAGCAGAAAUUACAACAGCCAGCUUAUAUCUGAUACACUGUGGUUUACUCAGCGCCGUCACCAACAUGGCCACACGGGCCCUGACCACACCUGGGGAGGUUUCUGUGGUUUGUUAUUAAUUUUAUUUGGUAGAAAAACAAAUAGACAGUUCUUGGAACUAGA